CGUCCACGAUGGUUUCCCCAAUUUCACUAGUUUCUCUUGUAUUUGCUGUUGCUAUUGCAUCUGUAGAUUGCAACAUUGAAGGGGAUGCACUUUCUGCCUGGAAAACCAACUUGGUAGACCCUAGCAAUGUCCUUCAGAGCUGGGAUUCAACUUUGGUGAAUCCAUGCACCUGGUAUCAUAUUACUUGCGACCUUAAUGAUCACGUCACAAGGGUGGACCUUGGCCAUAUUGGACUUUCGGGAAUUCUUGUCCCUCAGCUUGGAGACUUGUCUAAUCUUCAAUAUUUGGAGGUAUAUGGAAAUAGCCUAACUGGAGUCAUACCAACGGAAAUUGGUAAAAUAACGACCCUGAUUAGCUUGGACCUGUACCAGAAUCAACUUUCUGGGACCAUCCCACCAUCUCUUGGAAGCUUGGUUUCCUUAAAGUUUUUGAGAUUGAACAGUAACAAGCUUACUGGCGCAGUACCAGCAGAGGUCCUUCAACUUGUUAAAUCAGGGAGUUUGACUGUUUAUAAUGUAUCAGACAACCAGCUAGUAGGGAGUGUCCACCACACAAACACAGCAGAGCUCGGAAGUAAAUGACCAUGGCCAACGUAACACCUGCAAGCUACCAUACAGCUUUGGAAAAAAUUUGUAAUUGUUGAAAUAAAUUUGUAAUUGUUGAAGCCCAUUGUUGGU